GGCAAGAGCAUAACAUUAAUUCUGCCAUUAUAUAAAUAGUGAUGUUUUAUUCAGUAUUAAAAAUUCCGAUCGUGGUUUGCUGGGAGUCCAACUAAACAGAAAAAUGGGGUCAAAAUUAAUUUGCAUGACGGCAUUAUCCAUAUUUGUCGUCGCAACAAUUUUAUUGGAUAGCACUAUUGCAAAGAAUAUUUAUCAAGACGGCGAUUCAAAUUUUUUGAGAAUUAAAUGGAGAAUAGGGAUUUUGGAUGAACUUACCAACGACACUUGCGUUGAUGAACUACCUUUUCCAGAUCCUGACGAUAUAACAUCGUUUUAUCAAUGCUUUUUGGACGGUGACUAUUAUGUACUCGUUCAUCUUCAGUGCGACACGGGAGGCUACUUCGAUGAGAUUUCAGGAGCGUGCCAAGAGUUUCCAAUCACCGAGCCGCCAACAACACCGGAACCCACGACGACAGCCCCAUUCCAGUGCGGCGACGUCGAAGGUAAAUUUCCAGACCCCUCAGACUGCACAAAGUACAAUCGUUGCGUAUUGGUCAGCGGAGUCAUGCGGUUGUACAAAUACGUUUGCACUGCUGGCUCAUAUUUUGACGAGGCCCAGGCAAUGUGUGUGGUUGGCGUUUGUCCAGGCUCAACUUCUCCAACAACUGAGUCUCCGUCAAGUACUGAGCCUUCCACAGUACCCACGACCACAGCGGAACCCACCACCACUGCCGCACCCACAACCACACCGACUCCAACGACCACAGCAGCACCCACCACGCUACCUCCAUUCCAAUGCGGAACCACAGAAGGCACUUUUCCUGAACCAACAGAUUGCACAAAAUAUAAUCGCUGUGUAAUGAUCGCAGGAGUCAUGCGGUUAUAUGCGUACACUUGUCCUACUGGAUCAUAUUUUGAUCCGGCUAAGGCAUUGUGUGUGUUGGGAACUUGUCCAGCCACUAGUCCUCCAACAACACUGCCCCCUGCAACUACAGCAUAUACAACAGGAUCCACCACCCCACCAGCAGCUACCACGACAGCAGCGCUUACGACCACAGCAGCACCCACGACCACCUCAGCAUCUACAACGAUUGCCCCAUUCCAGUGUGGCACCACGGAGGGUACUUUCCCUGACUCUACAGAUUGCACAAAAUAUAAUCGCUGCGUACUCAUCGCUGGGGUCAUGCGCUUGUAUUCAUACACUUGCCCUGCUGGAUCAUAUUUUGACCAGGUCAAUAAACUGUGUUCGGUAGGAACAUGUUAGUUAUAAUGACCUUUUUUAUAAACCGGCUUCUUUAGGUGUGGUCAAUAUUAGAUACGUGUAUAAAAAAAAUAACAAAAGAGUAUACAGCGGGGUUGAAAAAGUAGGCCACCUUUAUCACAAAACUUUUGAACCUACCAGGAAACCUUUUAUUUUUGCUAAUCCUCUUUUUCGCUUUAUACAAUUCUUUAAUUCACGCAAUUGUAUAAUAACUUGCCGGAGAUGAUGUUAUUAUACGUCGUAAACCUAACCAAAUUUAUGGUAUAGCCGGAUAAUUUAAUAGGAAUGAUUUGAACAAGAUAAAUUUAUAACAUCUUCUAGACAGAACAAAAAUUUGUUUACAUUAAAUAAAUAUUGAAUAUUAAAUAAAUAGAUUUAUUAAAGGA